AUGUCAGACAUCCAAUCUGUAACACCUACAACAACGGACAAGUCGAAAGCCCAGCCUCCUGCUCCUAUCGCGGAAGAUGCAGUUUUUGGAGAGAUCAUCGAGGAUGGCCCAAACUACAGAAAUGUGGGAUGGCUCGGAACUGUUGCUCUUAUGAUCAAGACCCAGUUCGGUCUCGGGGUUCUGGGCAUCCCCCAGGUCUACGACACUCUGGGCCUCAUCCCUGGGGUCAUAUGUGUCGGUGCGAUAGCGAUUAUUACAACGUGGUCGGACUAUGUUAUCGGCACGUUCAAACUUCGCCAUCCCGAGGUCUACGCCAUUGACGAUGUAGGGGAGUUGAUCUUUGGUCGCCUCGGGCGUGAGGUUCUCGGUGUCGGAGUGUGUAUCUACUGGAUCUUCUGCACGGGCUCCGGGCUACUAAGCACAUCUAUUGGUCUCAAUGCGGUCUCAGCUCACGGCAGCUGCACGGCGGUGUUUGUUGCAGUGUCUGCUGUUGUUGCGUACUGUUUGGCAAGUAUACGGACGCUAGGAAAGAUCAAAUGGACCGCAUGGGCAGGGGUAGGGAGUAUUCUUACUGCCGUCCUGAUGGUCACAAUUGCAGUUGCAGUCCAAGACAGACCCUCGACGGCUCCUCAGACCGGCGAGUGGAAGUCAGACUACAAGCUUGUCGGCCGUCCAACUUUUGUCCAAGCCAUAACUGCCGUUUCUUCCAUUGUGUAUGCAUUUGCCGGAACUCCUGGAUUCUUCCCCAUUGCCGCAGAGAUGCGCAACCCCUCCCUCUACACCAGAGCUCUCCUGAUCUGCCAAACCGUUGUGACGGCGACUUACAUCUCGAUCGGAACGGUGAUCUACUAUUUCUGCGGCUCAUAUGUCGCAUCGCCCGCCCUGGGAUCUGCCGGGACCCUAAUUAAGAAAGUCUCUUACGGCAUCGCUCUGCCCGGCUUGAUCGCCAGUACCAUCAUUGUCUGCCACUUCGCCAGCAAAUACCUCUUCGUCCGCAUCCUCCGAGGCUCCGCCCAUCUAACCGCAAACACAUUCACCCACUGGGCCACCUGGCUCAGCUGUACGCUAGCCGUCACGGUCUCCUCAUACCUCAUCGCCAGUGGGAUACCCCUCUUCAGUGACCUGGUGUCUUUGAUAGGUGCUCUUCUCGGGACGUUCAUGUCCUUCCAGCCUAUGGGGUGCAUGUGGCUAUAUGACAAUUGGAGACGGGGCCGCGAGCAGCCAACCCUCCGAUGGGCGCUGUUGUCCAUGUGGAGCAUGCUGGUGAUUGUGUUAGGGACGUUUCUGAUGGUUGCGGGCACGUACGGAUCGAUUGAGAAUAUCAUCGCGACCUCUAGGCAGAAAGAGUCGGGAGGUUCGGCUUGGUCGUGUGCUGAUAACUCGAGCUCUUGA